AUGGCCCAGGCCGAGGCUUGCAUCUUCUACUUUAGAAACCCCAAGAGCGCCGAGCGCCAGUUUCGACUCAAGGCCGUUAUCCCCAUAACCUCGUCCCUCAGGGUCAAAAAGCAAGUUACGUUUGUCAGCCAGGGCCAGAAAAUCAAGUUUGAGUUCACCAGCAGCAAUGAGUCCACCAGCUUCAUGACAGAGCUCAGGAUCUUCCAAAACACCGCAAAGAGCCAGUCGGACCUCGGCGACACUCACCUCUGGGCCGGGUCUUAUAUCCGGUUUCUGCCGCAUAGCAAGAGGCAGCUGUCCAACUCGGCUAUUGCGAAAGAACUUCGGCAGCGAGAGCGCGAGUUCUCGACGUUUUAUCGGCGAAAACUCUUUGUCGGCACGUGGAAUGUUAACGGCAGGGCCGCCUCGGAGCCGCUGGAGGCGUGGCUCAGGACCGCUGCAGCGGAUCAACCUGAUAUAUAUGUACUCGGAUUCCAAGAAAUGGAUCUUGCCAAGGAAGCCUUCUACCGGGUCGAUUCAAAGCGCACAAACGAGUGGCUUGAUGCCAUCGAACGGGUGCUUGGGACCGGCUACUCACGGGUCGAUUCCAAGCAGCUCGUUGGUCUCUUCAUCGUCUGCUACAUCCGGGUGGACUUGCGCCCUCUUAUCAGCGAAGUGGGCUCCGACGGCAUUGGCACGGGUGUCCUCAGCGUGCUCGGCAACAAGGGCGCCGUCGCCCUCCGAUUUCGGUUCCAGGACUCGUACUUUUGCUUCGUCAGUUGCCAUCUUGCCUCGGACCUCUCGCAGAUGCACGCACGCAAGAUCGACUACAAGAAAAUAUGCAAGCGGCUGACUUUUCUCAACCCGGUUCCGCCGAGCCGGAGUGACUACAGUGCCGGGGGAUUCGGACCCUGGGUCUGCAACCUGCACGACGUCAAGCUGGGUGCCGGAGGACCAAAGGAUCUGGACCAUUUUGCCAACGAUCCUGGAGUAUAUGGCUCCGAAAUGCCUCCCAUCCGCGUGUCGUCGGUGUCGUCGGUGCGCCAGGAGCCCAUCGCGCCCGCUCGGAGCUCGUCUCUCCAAGCCAGUGCCAGAUUUGGAUGGAUCGAGAACCCAGUGAUCCGCUCACCCCCACGAGAACGAAACACAAGCCUGUCUAAUCUGCAAGAAGAAGAGGAGCAUGACAGCGACGACGCCGGGAGCAUCCAGGGCAGCCCGAUUCUGGGCGAGCAUGAACUCGUCACGAGCCUUGGCAAAAGCGACGAUGACGACGAUGAUUUGGUCUACAACUUUGACUUUGACUUUGACGACCUUGAUGAAGAGGACGAAGAGGACGAGGAUGAAGUCGAGGACGAGGACGAGUACUUUGAAGAUGACAAAAUCAACCCGAAUGUGCCUCCAAGCUCGCUUCGGAUCAGCAGGAGCCAAGAGGGCCUGGUUCCGCUCGAUCCAAGAUACACCUACCCCCCAAUACCGCAGGAUAGUGCUGGUGAGGAUGCCGCGGUGUCCCAGGACAGCCCAGUCAUCAGCCCGACCAAGAGUAUGGAGCGACGGCGGUCGCGGCAGCGCCUGUCGGACUCGCACAACGAUACAAUGAAAACAAACCCCAAGCCUGCACCUUCGCUUAACAUGAAAGUGCAAGAGUCCAUCUUUACUAUUUUUGACUGCGACCACUUAUUUUGGAUGGGCGAUCUGAACUAUCGCAUCGAGCUCGACGACCAAGAGAUCAAGCAAAUGAUCGAGAGCAACGACUUUCAGAUGAUUCUCUGCAGAGACCAGCGUCACAUUUUGGCUGGCUUCUGGGCCAUGAGCGCCUCUCAGGACGCGGCUAACGAUACAUGUUCGUCUGAUCUCCAGCUGACGCACGAGAGAACGAGUCGCCGAGUCUUCCACGACUUUGACGAGGCCCCGAUCGUGUUCCAGCCGACAUACAAGUUUGACAUUGGCACAUCGCGAUACGAUACCAGCAAUGCCCUUCCAACCGUUGCCAGCGAGAAGAAGAGGUCGCCGGCGUGGUGUGACCGCAUCCUGUGGUUCCGCAAUCCGCUCCACUCGGCGGAAUACGACGAGAGUGGUGACCCCUGGCUCAGGUCGAUCUGGUACAAAUCGUGCAUGGACCUGUCCCUGAGCGACCACAAGCCCGUCAUGGCGCUGUUUGACAUCAAAGUGCGCAGCCUCAACGAGCAGUUGCUGCGGCGCAUAGAAGACGACCUGCGGACGCAGCAUCUGAACGAUGGAGACGGCACCAUCGGUCGCAAGAAGACGCUCAAGAUGAUGGCCAAGAAGGUGCAGCAGUUCUCGCAGGACAUUCGGAACUCGAUACGGUGA